AGGCCCAUGCGUCAAAUUUGUAGGCUCGGACUAUAUAAGCUCUUGCCCCCCCCACAAAAACAACACGGAUGGACCUCACGGCCACAAGCGCCAGAUGGGCCUCAUCGUCCCCGAUGCCGUCCAUAGCAUCACCCAUCACGACGACUUUUGCGCCCAGACCGACCGGUGGAAGUUUCCGGCCGCUUCUCGUCUCAGGCAAGUUUCGACACACAGCACCGACGCUAAAAGCCCGCGAUCCCGACCGCAACACCGACGACCCCGACCAAGAGGUCCGGGGCUCAGGUCGCCCCGCCCGCAUCGCCCUCAAACUCAAAUCCAAUCCACAUAGUAAACCAAUUAAUGCGAAACAAAAACAACAGGAACAAGAGAGGGAGCUGAGUGCGUCGGAUGUGUUAUUGGCAUUACAAAGAGCCACUGCUCACAAAAUCAAGAAGAAGCGAAGAAGGGAAAGGGAAAACAGAGGUCGCAGCCAGAGCGAACCUCGAAACGAAGAAGAAGAAGAAGAAAGUUGCGAUUACUAUAGCAGUGUUCGAGCCAUAUCCAUUAAGAGCGACUGGGCUUCUCGUUUGGAUGAACUCGAGAAGCGCCUUCAGCAGCUUCAAGUUGAAAUCCAGCAAUGAAUGGCCCCAUCUGUUCUUUUACUUUUCCAUGAUUUUCGCCCUAUUUCACUUGUUUUAUAUUGUAGUCUCAAUUCUCAAAUAUUACGUUGAUUCCACUUUAUUUGCUUUUA